AUGCUAAACAGAAAAACAGAUAGUCCUUAUAACUCCUUCUUUUAAUUCAAAAAUUCUAAACUAGAGAAGGAGUAUACUCGCUAAGAUUAUGUUGAGAAAAAGAAGUAUUUGAUGUUUUUGUCAAUAAUUUAACUCAUAAAUUCAAUCUCUUACAUCAUAGAAGAAUAGGAUUACUCAUACUUUCCGAUUGCUUACUUUUCCAUUAUAAUACUUACAAAUUUAAUAAUAUAAUACAUCCCUAAAUCUAUGCCUUACGCUAUAUUUGUGGAUUAAGUGUGUAGCUGCUAUUUUGCAUCAAGAUAAGUUAAUCACAUAGGAGAGAGCUACUCGAGUUAUCAGAAUUCAAUCUUUAUUAUUGGACAAACUAUAGGAUAGUAUUUAUUGCUGGGAGGUUCUAAUAUUUUAUUAGAUGCAAUGUCUAUUGCUAGUUCUUAAAUAAUAAUGUUAGUGUUAUUGUCAGAAAAGAAGAUCUACGCUAAUAUUAUAUUAAUUUCUUUGAUUUUCACUUUUUCCUUUUACAAAUUUUUACAUAAUUUAAAUGAGAGAAACUACUUCUACUAAAAAAACUAAAAUUAACAAUGGAUGCAAGUUAUUGAUAAAACCAUCUAAAACGAGAUUUUGAUUGUCAAUAUUGAGAGUGGUCAUCUUCAACUUCAUGAUUUAAAUAAGAAAGCAAAGAGUUUUAAAAUUCAUGAUAGCAAUGAUGAAUUUAAUCUUUUUUUAGAGAAUAUGAUUGUUGAUAAAAGAAAGUCUUAAAUCAGCAUUGAUAUUGACAAAAUCUAAAACUCUCUGAAAAGCUACAUGCUAGUCAGAUUGUCAAAUUUGUAGGAGUAAGAAGAAGGUCAAAAAUAUAACUAGACAGGGCAUAAAUAGUUAACAUAGUAAACAAAAAACGUUUAAUAAUAAAUAUAAUUCAAUGAGGUUCAAGUUAAUUUUAAUAAAAAUAAUGAGAGCCAAAAAUAAGACAAUGACAUUACUAACAUGACUAAUUUGUAACCAAAAUGUGAAUUAUAAGAUAACAAAAAAACAAUUAGUACGAUUAAAAGUCUAAUUAGAAAGAAAAGUGACUCAAGAAAGCUAAAUACCACAAGCAUAGUAAAUAAAUAGAACCUUUCUUCUACUAGACCAUCCAAGACUUCAGAUUCAAAAGCUAUUAGUUAGAAUGAUGGAUAGAACAAUAAUUUUUAGUCAAAGUAAGAAAACAAAGAAUAAAGCAUCCCUGAUAUUAUUUACUGCGAUUACAAGGUUGAAGAGAAAGUUUAAAAAAAAUAUAAAAUUAGCAUAAGUGUUGUGCAAACAGAUUAAUAUCUCUUGGUGCUAAGCUUUGAAGAGAAUACUCAUGAUUCAUAAAGGGAAUUAAAAAAGUAAAAUGAAACACUUAAUAAAAUAUUAAUCAGAUCGCAUCUUGGCUACAUGCAAAAGCAAUAAAACUAACUUUAAUAUUUAAACGAAAUGAAUUAUGGGGAAUUGAAAUUAAAUUAAUAUAUGCAUAUGAACAGCGUAUUUUCAAUUACGCAAUAUAUUUAUUUACAAAAAAGAAAUAAAAUGCCCAUAAAAGUUUAAGAAUUUAACAUCAAUAAUUUAAUUGAUAGUGUAAAGUCUAUAUUUCCUCAGUUACAAGUUACAAAGGAAUAUAACGUAAACGAAGUUAGCAAGCUGUUAAUUAGAAACGACUAUAACAGAAUAAUAUAUAUACUUAUUUCUAUUUUAAGCAGCAUAUUUUACAACUCUAAAUCUUCCAUAACUGACACACCUUAAAGGAAUAGAAUAGCUUCUAAUUUUUCAAACACUAACUAAUUUAAAAUUUUAGGUACUCCAAAAGGUCAAAUCAAUUCUCCACCUUAGAGCGGGAUCAGGCAAAUUGAGCAAUUGAAUAGCUAAAAAACAGAAAAUAGAUUAACCAAUAAAGAAGAUGAUUAGUCCUAGUAGAAAUGCGAGAAGGGAGGUCUUGUUGUUAAAAAAACUUAAUAUAAAAAUUUAAAUUAGUUUUUCAUAUAAAUGGAGUAAGAAGAAACAUUGAAAAAUAAUAGCAAAAUUCUAGAGUCCAAUAAAACUAAAUUCGGAACUCCAAAGCUCCUCCAUGCAAAUUAUGAGUCAAAUGAAGAGUUGAUAAACAAUUAUUCCUUAACCAAAGAAAGAAAUAGAAGAGCCGUUUUAGAUGGAUACUCAAGAGUAGAAAGCAAUCUAAACAGCUACCAAAAUAAUAACCCUGAAUUAGUUUUAAAUUAGCCUUAACCUGCAAACAAUAUAAAAACUAAUUCGAAUACCUAAGAAGCUAAUUGUACUAAUAAUUUACAAUAGUAUAAUAAAAGAGACAACCAAAGUUUAAACAAAUUACCAGAGAAGUAAAUUUUGUAAAAACACACAGAUGAUAAUGAAUCUUAGUCAAAUUAUGAAGAAAUGUAGCAAGAGUAAUCUGAUAGAUUUGAGCUAGAUGAAGCUAGAAAUACAUAUAAUAAUAAUAAUACUAGGUAGAUGGUGGAAGACUCUGAGCAGAGUUCUUUCUUGAGCGUUCCUUAGAUGACUGUAAAGCUUGUUGAAAAACAAAAGGAAUACUAAAAAGACUAUUUUUAGGUAAUAAUUGUAUUUUAACCUUAUUCUCAAUAAAAUACCCCAGUAACUCAGAAUUGCUAAGAAAAAAAACCUAAACAAAAUAUGCGAGGAGUUUCUAGCGUGUUGAAUUCUAUGAUUGGAAAUCCAAGCGAAUUGCAACAGUAAUCAAAAACAUAAUAUUCAAACACCAAUAAUUCUGUUAUUGACUAAGACUAUUGCAGAAGAAUUAAUGAAAAUGAUUAAACUAUUAAUGAUUUCGGUUUGUAUGUACCAUCUACUCAAAGAAACUCAGAAAAUGGUGAAUGCCUUAAUCAUUUCUAAAAUUUAAAUGGAAACUAAGACGAUUUAAUUAACUAAAUUGAAGAAAAAGUCCUACUAGAAUGUGUUAAAUAGGUAUGCAAUAGCAGUCUCGACCGCAAAAUUGAUAAAUCUGGCAAUCACAUAGUUAGUUUCUGUGUGCUUUCAGACCUCCCAUUGAAUCAAAUCAAUUAACUAAUACCUAAUAAAAAAAGAGCAAUCAGUAUACACAGCAAUAAUAGUAACAGUAAUAAUUUUUACUACUAAGGAAACUAAUCAAUAAAUAGCAUGGUAUUUGGUUAAAAAGAUAGACUGAAAUCGUUUAAUUCUAACCUAAGUACAAAUUUAAAUACAAUUUAGCAAUUUUAACCAUCUAUCCAGAGUUUAUACCACUAUCCUACUUCAGUCAUAAAUAGUGGCGUGACUCAAAAUUCUAUAUAGCAAAAUGUAUACAAGGUGUUAAGCUAAAAAUCAUAGUAGAACUUAAUAAAAAACGGCUUAAAACAAAAUAAUAAUAAUAACAAUGGGUAAAUUACUGGUUUAUUAAACUCUAACCAAAAUGCAUAAUUUUCGCCAUAAAUUAAUUGCAGAAAAAGAUAGGCUUCUUUACCUGCAGUAAGUGAAAAAUUGGUAGGAUAUUUUGAUAUAAAAGAAGACGAGAGUCUUGAAAAUAACAUCAAUAACAGCAACGAAUACAUCAAAAAUAAAUAUAAAUAAGAUAACAAUUGCAAAAAGAACAGUACUAGCAUGACUAGUUUAGAAAAAAGUCCUAGUAAGCAACAUAUCUUUAAUCACAAAAUAGUAAAAUUUGAAAAGCUUUAGCAAGUAGUAGCUAGCAGUACUUUACUAAGUGAAAACAAAUUUGCAUCACCAAAGACCAUGUAGUAAUCCAUACUGUCGGGAUCUUGCAUACAAAAGAACAAAUAUAAGAAAAAUAUGGAAAAAACAGCAACAUAUUUUAAAGAUUUUAUAGAAGCAUCUAAAUAAAUAGAUGUCUCACUGAACGAAUAGCCUUAUUCUUCUUUGUAAAUAGAAAGUGAAAGAAAGUAAGAGAAUUUCGUUAAUCCUAAAGCUUUCAACUAUUCUAUGAAAAGGAACUCAUUAUAAUAUGACUGA